AUGGCCAAGUGCUACUUUCUCCUCGUGGUUGCGCUCGUCGUGAUUGCCGGCGAAAGUCCUCUACGAGCUCGUGCGUACAGCACGGUGUAUCGAGCCGCUUCAUCCGACACCGGCCAAUUGUCCGGAUUGGACGGGGAGGGCAGAUGGGGAACCGAUGCUGCUGGUGAAGAAAGACUUGCGGAGUGGGCUUCGUCAUUGAUGGAACGGGUUGGCGCCUUGAUCAAGAGGAUGCGUGGUCGGACUGGUCCCAACGGGAAGCGCACUGGUUGGGUCGAUCGAAUAAGGGCAUGGAUGAAGGGUGAUGAGGUCUUGAGUGAGACGGUGUCUGCCCGGGCGAAGAAUGUCGAGGCUGCCGAGGGGAAGGAUCUGGAGGCACUCCAGAGAAAAGAUCCAGAGCCUGUUCGAGGAAAGGAUCUGGAGACUAAACGGGCGGAGCAGUCUCCAGACUCGACACGUCCCCCGAAAUGGGAGGAUGGCCAGACCGCGUUCGAGGCUUUCUAUGGUACGAAAGAGGCUUCUUGGAAGAUGGCAUUAGCAUGGAAGGGGGAGGAAGAACGUGUUUGGGAGAAGAAAGCAAAAGCCUGGGAGGAGGAUCUGCUUUCCUGGAAAUUUUCUGGCUUACGUGAGGGGAACCAAGGAGCUGCCGGAUUAGAUAGGGGUGGUAUUUCGGAGAUGAAGAAAGUUCAUGGUUGGGAUGAAAGGGUGAAAGACAAAUGGAAUGAGGUAGCCGCCUGGUAUCAACAAACAGCAGCGUGGGAGGUACGACACAAGUUUUUGACGAAGAUGGUGGCACAUGAAGAGCUUCGGGUAUACAAGCAUGAUAUUGCGGCGUGUUUACCCGAGCUUGAGGAGAUGAACGAGAAGGGCCUUACCUUGGACGAAUACGAAAAAAAGCUGGAGUUGGACCCGAAGCUUGUCGAAGAGCUAAGAGCCAAGGCGAGGACCUUAGCUGAGGCUUACAAAUAUGAGUUGGGCUACAGGAAAUACGUCUACUACCAGAUGUUACAUACGAACGGGCUGCGAUGGCUUCAUGGCUUUGUUGCUGACUUGAGACAUGUGUGA